UGCUCUAAUACUGUAAAUUUAUGCAAACCUUCAAAUACACUCAUUUCCAAUAAUGGGAUCUCUUACUGAUUAAAGUUUAUAGUAGUUGAAGUUUUGAUGACACAUCACCAUUUUUAGUGGUUUCAAAUCCUUCUAUAUGGUUCGUACCAGGCUACUUGCGAUCGAUUUUUCUGCUCAUCUCACUUCUCAGUAAUGUGUGGAAUUCUAUGUUUGGUAAACACCGAGUUUCAAGGCCAUCCACCUUGUCUCAAUAACCAAAGCUCUGUAUGGGAGUGUCAGGACACAGUCAAGAUACGAAAUAUUUUCAAACAGGAUUUCCGGUUGUCAGCAACAGAUUUAAACAAGUUAAACAAUCAAGAAAAGCUAAAGCAGUUGAAUAAUCAAUUGAUAAAACUUGGGAACAAUGUCAAAGUCGAUAAUCUGGAAAAGAUAGACGAAGUGUUUCAACAAAUCAAAGAUAUCACCGAAGAAGAACCCGAAGAUGAACUCACAUUUUCUUCAUCCAUUGAAGAGUAUAACCAUCUAAUACCUGCAAUAGCUGGAAGAGGUCCUGAUUACCUUCAGUAUAACAAAUUUGAUUUAGGAGACAGCAACGUCCAAUUGUUUUCGUCGGUUCUCUCUUUGAGACAACCAUUCAUAUCACAGCCAGUCUUCACUGAUAGAUACGUGGUUCAGUUCAAUGGAGAACUAUACAACAGCCAAUGUGAAUUUUCAAAUGAUACAGAAUUCCUCUUGAAUCAAAUCGUCAAGCAUGGAAUAAAGAAGGCAUUGGUGACUUUGAGUGGAGAGUUUGCUUUUUGUAUCUUGGAUAAAUUUGAACAAUGUGUAUUCUUCGGAAGAGACAGUAUUGGCAAAAGAUCACUAUGCUACAAGCAAACCAAAGACGAAAUUUUGAUAUCGUCUGUGCCCCAAAGGUUAUACAGUGAAUGUGAAGGCAAUAAGCUCUAUAAAUUCUCUACCCAAAGCUAUAAGCUUGAAGUAUCACUUUUGACACGGGAAUUUGAGGAACUUGUCCCCUUCAAUAUACUCAACUAUAAUGAACCUACGACCCAAGUCAAUCGCAUAUAUGAGAGUUUAAAGAGAUCCUGCUUCAUACGACAAGAAACAAUUUGCCCGUUACAAGCCACUGAAGCUAGUUUGGCUGUUCUCUUCAGUGGUGGUAUUGAUUGUGCUGUAAUUGCAGCCCUUUUGAUCGAGAAUUUCCUUGAACUUAAAACUCCCGUGAAAAUUGACUUGUUGACCGUUGGUUUUGAUAACCCAAGAACCGGCGUUAAGGCAAGUCAAAGUCCUGACCGACAGCUCAGUUUUAAGUCCUGGUUUCACUUGGCCAAAAAAUGUAGCGGAACCAAUGUCAGCUUGAGACUAGUCCAGGUGGAUGUCGAUUAUAAGCUUUGGUUGACACACAAAAAGAAUGUGGUGCUGUUGAUGUAUCCUCAAGAAACAGAAAUGGACUUGAGUAUUGCAAUUGCGUUCUAUUUCGCCAGCAACAAUAUUGUGCCUUGUCAGAAACUAGAGUUGCAAAAUUAUGAAGUAUCAUGGUCAGACUUCAUCAGUGACACCAACAAGUACGUCAGAGUAGAAGAUUAUAUUUCCCUGGCAAAAGUGCUUUUCUCUGGACUCGGAGCAGAUGAGCUAUUCGGAGGUUAUUCCAGGCACGAGGCUAUAUUCUCAUCACUCAAGCCAGAUGAUGAUCCACUGAGACAAUAUGAGGAAUUGAACAAACAGCUUCUACACGAUAUAGAGAUCAUUCACAAGAGAAACCUUGGAAGAGACGAUAGAGUGAUAAGCUCCUGGGGCAAAGAACUCAGGUACCCUUACCUUGACAACGAGUUCAUCAAGCUCGUUAUUAACAGUAUCGAGCCAAAUUACAAGAUAAAGUUGGAUUGGGCUGUUACCAAAAAAGGUAAGACAAUCAGCAAACCUACAAGAAAAUGGAUUCUCAGGCAGUUGGCGGGCACUAUGGGACUCAACUUCGUCAAAGACGAGUUGAAACGGGCAAUUCAAUUCGGAGCCAAAAGUGCAAAACUCGAGAUUGGACAGGCCAAAGCCAGAGGCACCGAUGAAUUAAAGUAACAAAGAUUCAUUAGAUAAAUAAAUAAAUAGAUGAAUAAAUAAUGCCGAGCUCUACAAGUUCUUGACCCAUCUCGGCUCUAUGACAAGGCAUUCACAUUCAGUCAAUAACUCCAAUUCGCUGUCUUUAACACUAAACACAGACCCUUUGACCCAACACUUUCUACCACUCUUUCUAGACAAUUCACAUUUUAUCAUCACCACCGAAUUCACAAAACACGGUUUUUUGUAGUUGAUGUUCAAGUUGGCAGUGACACCCUUUUUCGAAUGGAAAUUCUGAAAUGCUAAUCUGCAUGUCAAUUCAUCUAGAAGAGUGGCUAAUAAACCCCCAUGCACUAUCCCAUUAUGACCAGACAAUUUGGAACCUAAAUGGAAAAAUGUCACUAGGAAGUUGGAUUCUCCGUCUUUCACUUCGUCAAUGUCGUCAUACUCCUGUAGAAAAGCAUCAUCGAUAAAAAAGAUUCCGUUUCCUCUGUAGUUAAUCUUGUCAUCACCAAUCAAUGUGUCACCAGUUAAGUUGGGUCUUAAAUUCUCUUCGAUCAACCGUGACAAAUUGAAUGCCUUGUGCUGUUCCAACAACUCCUGGUACACUGCUAACAGGUGUAUGUGCUCUUCAUACUUGGAAGUUUCUCCCACCAUAGUCAAAUGUGAAUGAAAUCAGAUACGAU